GUCCUCAGAGAGAGAGGGAGAGGAUGGUGGAUGAGAGUAAACUGGGAUAAACAGGAUUACUCCAUUAGAUUCUUUAUAGGAAUUACAAUCAGAUACUAAUUUGGAUUUACACCUGAGAGCUUGGCAGUGAAGAGUGAGGAAAAUGCCAGAGAAAAAAGCGUUUCAGCAGCAGGCCGUACACGGCGGUCUGGAUCAGCAGCAGCAGCCCAAGCCUCACCCUCAGAGCGGGGCGAUCCCGUGCCAGAACUGCGGCCAGGCCUGCAAGGGCGAGGUGCUGCGUGUGCAGAACAAACACUUCCACAUCAAGUGCUUCGUCUGCAAAGAAUGUGGCUGCGACCUGGCUCAGGGAGGUUUCUUCGUGCGGCAGGGCGACUACAUCUGCACUCUGGACUACCAGCGGCUCUACGGGACGCGAUGCUUCAGCUGCGAGCAGUUCAUCGAGGGCGAGGUGGUGUCCGCGCUCGGCAAGACCUAUCACCCACGAUGCUUCGUGUGUGCCAUUUGCAAGCAGCCGUUUCCUGCGGGCGACCGCGUGACGUUUAACGGGAAAGAGUGCAUCUGUCAGAAAUGCAUCGAGCCUCAGCCUGCCAACAGCACAGCACCCCAGGCUGUCCACAAUUGCUGUGGUUGUGGGAAGGACUUUAAGAACGAGCAGUCGCUGGUGGCCCUGGAGAAGCACUGGCACCUGGGCUGCUUCAAGUGCAAAGUGUGCAACAAAGUGCUCAAUGCUGAGUACAUCAGCAAGGAUGGAAUUCCAUACUGCGAGAUGGACUACCACGCCAUGUUCGGCAUCCAGUGUGAGAACUGUAAGAAGUACAUCACAGGGAAAGUGCUGGAGGCUGGAGAUAAACAGUACCAUCCCACCUGUGCCAGGUGUGUACGCUGUGACAUGAUGUUUGGAGAAGGAGAGGAGAUGUACCUGCAAGGUUCUUCCAUCUGGCAUCCUGCCUGUAGACAAGCGGCCCGAAUGGAGGAGAAGAGUAAGAAACAGGUCCGGAUACAGCUCAAUGACGAGGUUCUGAAUGUACCCGAGCAGGUGACCAGGACUUCCUCUGAGAGCAUCACGUCAGUUCCUGCCUCCAGUGCGUCUGGAUCCCCGAGCAGAGUUAUCUAUGCAAAGCUGGGCGAUGAGUUCCUGGAUUAUAAAGACCUCGCAGCUCUUCCUAAAAUAAAGGCUAUCUAUAACAUCGACAGACCCGACAUGCUUUCAUACUCACCUUACGUCAGCUACCCGACAGAGGACAGGACGUAUGUAGAGUCCCCGCAGUUCCUCACCCCGACUCCGACAGAGGGAGAUGGGGAAAAGUCCCCCCGUCAGAGGAGACCCUCCAGUCCCAGCUCUAACAGCUCACUGGGCGGGUACGGACGCUACACCCCGUCCCGUUCGCCACAAAACUACAGCAGACAAGAUCAAUAUGAGAGCAGUAGAUACACCCCACAACCCAGGAUUUCUAACUCGUUACCAGUGUCCCCUGGGGGUCGAAAUUCUGGCCUGGCUAGUUCCCGAGACUCUUCUUCACUGCCCCUGUACUACAGUAGUUAUGGUAGAAGUACCCCACAGACUCUUACUCUGAACCCAACCACCCUGGCCAUGCUUCAACAGCACAACUACAUCCCAUACUUCAGAGGUAGUGAAAGUGGCCGGAGUACCCCGAGCCUCUCCACCUACUCCGAUGGCAAAUCUCCGUCCUCUUCGUACGUGGCCGCACCUAAGCACUUCCACAUCCCAGAUAAUAAAGCCAAAGAUAAUAUCUAUAGAAAACCCCCUAUCUACAAACAGCAUGCUUCUAGAACCUCCUGGCAAGAUGGAGAAGAUGCAGAUAGAAAGACCAGGACUAGCUGGACGCUCCUAAAGAGUCAGAGUGACGGACAGUCGCCGGACAUUGACCCCAGGACAUCGACACACAGCCUGCCCACGGAUAUGUCUCAGCCCAUUUUCCCCUACAAUAAGUCAGCUUCUCUACCAGGCUACGGACAUAAUGGCAUCUACAAGGCGGCUGAUCUUGGAGAGGAUGACCAAGACUCCAGCUGGGGGGCGAUGAGAGAGUACAAGGUGUACCCAUAUGGCAUGCUGGCUGUGACACACAAAGUCAGAGUGAAGCUGCCACGUGAUGUGGACCGCACCAGGCUAGAGAGACACCUGUCCCCAGAGGAGUUCUUCCAGGUGUUCCGGAUGACCAUCGCACAGUUCGACCGCUUGGCUCUGUGGAAGAGAAACGACCUGAAGAAGAAAGCGCGCCUGUUCUAACCAUCCUCAUCCUCAUCGUCCUCGUCGUCAUCACCGAUGCACCCUUGAGGGAACCGAGAGAGAAGAUGAAUGAGGAAUUUCUCCUCCACCCGUCGUAUAUAUGCAGAGAUGAGAGAAAAAGUGAAAGAUAUAUACUGUAGAUUAUAUAUCCAUACAUAAAUAUAUGCACUUCCAUUCUGCUGCGCUGCGUGCCUGCUGUCAUAACGCCGAAGAAAGGGGGAGUGUGUUACAGACACGCCGUCGCUUCACAGCCUCAGUGUUAGCCGUGGUAGCUUUCUGUUUGCGAAUGCCGCAUUAGUUCAGAUUUGGAGGAAAAUGUGUGUCCUGUUUGUCCCUCCUGUUUACCGGUUCUCGCUCACGAUUCAGGUUACUGCAAUAAGCAUUACGGUCUGAGGUGUACAGUAUAAGCGGUACAGAUUCAACAGAAAUUACCUGUGUGUGUGUGUGUGUGUGUGUUUGUGUUUGCUAAGGAAAGCACGACAUGGCCAUUUUUAUCCAAUAAUCACUGUGUGUAUUUUUUCUGUUUUUAUUUACGUUCUCUAUUUUCCUCAGCCGUCCAUCAUAAUCUCUACAUUACAUACAGAAGUUAGAUAUUCUGGGUGAACCGGAAAAAAAAUAAAUCUAUGAGCACAUGUGCCAAUCAGGCAUAACAUUGUGACUCCACCCUAAACCCCCAACCCGUCCCCGCCCUCGUCUCCACCUAAUAUUGAGUACAUCCCCACUUUGCCACCUUCACACUUAUAACCUGUGCACCAUGAGCCUUGGCCGACCAUGACCCUGUCACUGGAUUACUUUUGGUUUGUCCUGAUUAUUUACGGUUUGUCCUGCAGUUUUGGAGACGCUCUGAUCCAGUCGUCUAGCUGUCACGAUUCGGGCCUUGUCACCGUAGCAACGGUUAAAAUAUUACAUUACAGUCCUCUAGAAUUAGAAAAUAUAAUUGAAAAAUCGAAAUAAGUAAAGUGAGAAAUGUUUUUGUGAUUUUCUUUAUUUUAUUGGGCGUAAAACAAUUUUUUUUUAAAGGGCUGACCUAAAUGACACUUAUUAGCUAAGGUGUUAACAUAACAUAUAUUUAUUUCAUAUAACAGUCGAUAUUUAAUAUAGAUAUGGGUCUUAAUAUAUUGCAGUACUUUUGAGUGGCCACACUGACACUUAAAUAAUUUUUUUAAUUGAUAUUAAAUUGUAAUUUAUAUAUCUUUGCAUUCGAGGUGGUUAAACAUCGCAGUUUCUUUAGCAUCCUACAGGGAAAUUCUUAAAAGUUUCCUACAUACAUAAAUGGACGACAAUAAACCAUUAUGCAAUUUUUAAACAGUAAUUAGUAAAAGUCCAAUAAAAAAAGCUCCUCGUCAACUAAGGAUAGUCUUCCGAACUGGGAGUUCCCAUCUGGUUUACAGAGUGACAUCAAAUCAUCAUGGCCGCUCACAGCACAACAGUGCAUUAAGGACAGAUAUUUUACCCUUAACCACACCCACAAAACUUCACCGGGUACAAAACAAAUAAUAAUUAAGUAAUGGAAGCCUGUAAUGAAAGUCAAGGCAAGCGCUAAAUCUACCAAUAAUGCAGCUCGGCCAACGCAGCUAACACAGACACACGUAAAGACCUAUUUCGAUUAUAGGGUGCCAAUACUUUUCUUCUAAUGGAAUGUAUAAUCAUUUUGUUUCUUUCUUCCUUAUAAAUGAUGGAUUUGUUUUUAGAAUUACCUUCUUUCAAAGCAUUAAUAUGAAAGAAAAAUAAAAUCUGCAUCCGUAUUUAAAUCUCAGAGUCUCAAAACCAGUGAUAAUAUUUUAAAGCUUAUUACUUUUCCCUAAUAUGGAAAAUGUCUGAGGAGUCUGGAGUAAGAUAUCGUGUACAAAUGACUGCAAUUUUUCGAGACUAAGCAGAUUUUCAUGUAAACGCAUCAAGAAAUUAUUACAAUAAAUUUCCAGCAGACAAUUUAUGAGCCAUAAUAUCAAUAAAGGAGUGUAUGUGCCAUUAUUAUUACAUGUUUAUUGUACAGCAUGGUGUAUAAUAGGUAGCAGAGUCAAUAGAAAAUACAUUGAAAUCGUUAACUGCGACUGGUUUUAGUGAUUGUUUCAGGUUUAUACGCUGACAUCCUCCGCCUCUGGGACAUCUUAUCCGAUAUCCCAUUCAUACGAAUGUGUAAUGUUUAUUAAACGCUAAUUACAAGGGGCGUUCGAGUCAAACUGGGACUUGUUACUGGUGAAUGAAGGUGUAGAAAGCGAACUGCAAACUGACGUCGCCAACUUGCGGAAGAGACGCACCCGUGUGUGUGAACUGUACACACAAUCUUACACCAACACCACUUGCACAUUACAGGAGCUCAGCUGGGAGUUUUUUCCACAUCCCCAGUAAAGUCCUGGCCUUGCUACAAACCAUUUUUACAUGUUUGGAAAAGCCAUUAUGGGAGUUCCUGGGAGGCCGGCGUUUCAGAGAUGGAGCCGCCGGUCCGAUCAUGGCUCUGGCUUACUGGGAAAACUUUCUACCUUGAUGGUGUCCAAGCACUAGUGAAUCACUGGGAUAAGUGCAUUAGUGUAGCUUGGGAUGAUAUAGUCCCGGUUUGACUCGAACACCACUUCAGCAUCAGUUCAGUGAGUCAGGUAUCAUCAGCCAACAAAGCACCUCGCACCACAUUCAUUUUAAAUCAGAUUUAUUCUCAGUUAUUAUCGGCACACGCUGUAGCAUCUUCGAUUGUACUCUUCGGGAAUAUUUUUGUACUCUAGGAAAGUAUAAAUAUAUAUAUAUAUAAAACAAUAAGGAUUUGUGAAGCGGUUCUGUGAUACAGUACGUCACUGCGACCCAAACACUGCUUUAUUUUUUUCUCUUUGUUUCUGAAUAAACGUGUGUACACGCGAUAUAAAACUAGCUAAAGCAUGAUAUGCUGAAAAAGCGAUACGAAAUCAUUAUGUGUGCAGACGUUAUUGUACUCGCGCAGCCUGGCUGGUUUUGCUUUAAAUUCAUUCAUGAGUCGGAUUUUACGAAAAAGCUUUAAUCUCGUGGGUGUGAAAUGAGAAAUGAUUUAAUCGCCUUGAUGUUUCUAAAAUCGCAGAACUGCAUAUGCAUGGGUGUUUUAUGUGUCGAGACGAAUGUCAAACUGUGCUUCAGAGUAAAUUUAUUGCAGGAUUCAUUAAAAUUCCUUUGUGGUUAAGGAUCAAGUUAAAAUCUUUUUAAGGAAUGAGAAAAACACACUUACUGUAAAAGCUGCGUUUUGUAAUUGUUUUACAAAGUUGUAAUCAUUAUAUAAUUUAAAGGUGAUCUUAGUAAAUUUGUAUUUUGCAAUAUUACCUUUUAAAAUUAAUUUUAUAUUUAUAUUUUUUACAGAUGGCGGCACGGUGGUGUAGUGGUUAGCACUGUCGCCUUGCACCUCCAGGGUCCGGGUUCGUUUCCCGGCCAGACUCGAUUCCCGUCUCUGUGUGCAUGGAGUUUGCAUGUUCUCCCCGUGCUGGGGUGGUUUCCUCCGGGUUCUCCGGUUUCCACCCUCAGUCCAAAGAUAUGCAGGUUAGGCUAAUUGGCGUUCCCAAAAUUGCCCAUAGUGUGUGAAUGAGUGUGUGAGUGUGUCGAUGGAUUGGCACCCUGUCCAGGGUGUACCCCGCCUCGUGCCCUAAUCCUCCUGGGGUAGGCUCCCGGUCCCCGCGACCCUGAAUACAGGAUAAAGAGGUAUGGAAGAUGAGUGAGACUUUUUUUUACAGAUUGUGUUUUUAUUGUUCUGGCCAUGGAAUUAGCUCCAAAUAAGUAUUGCCUAGCCCUGACCCCUUUAAU